UCGGUUGGAUAACAGUUAAAUUCGAAUUGUACAACGAGUGAGUUGAUUUCCCAAUAUAAUUCAUGAAAAUAUACAUGAAAGAGAAUACUGGAAAAACAGUCAGUUUGAAAAUUUGAAAAGUUCAGUGAACGACAAAAUAUAUACGAAGAACAAAAAGGAAAAUUUUAUUCAAGUGUAUUGCCACUGGCAGUGGAACAAUUUUACGUGAAAAAUCUGGUUGAAACAAGAGAAUUAAAUUAACUUUAUUUUGGUUGAAAAAGUGAUUAUGACAAUGGUUGACGAACCAAGAGUUAUAUUUAUGGAUAUACCAACAUCAAAAUCCCGCAGUGUAUCGCCAAUGUCACCAUCGCCUGGUCGAGAUCGAAGUGUUGGAUUUUUCGAUCUGCUGACCCGUCGUUUUGGCCGUCGAUCGCACGAUGAUAUUUGCUACGAACAUCACGGUGAAGAGGAUUCGCGUAGCUCAUCAACGGACUCAUGUUCAUCAACAUCGGGUCGAUUAGCUGUGAGCACAAAAAAUCGACACAAUUCCAAUUUGGAACUAUCAUGUUCGAGCGAUUCCAGUAGCAACAAUUCAGCGGAUACAUCAAAAACAGAAUCGCGAAGCCAUCGUCGAUCGACGUCUUCAUUGCGUCGAGCCUUUCAAAAUAUUUCCCUGUCGUCGAGAUCGCUAUCGUGCAGUAGUACUACCCAGUGCAAAGAAUCCACAAAACAGAAAAAGGUGAAAAAGACACCACCGCCGAAAAGAAUACUCAGACAGCCCGUUUCUUAUACAUAUCUUAAAGGAAUGUCUGGAUUGCCUACACAAAGAGUGCCAAGAUCUUCGGUAUGCUCUCACUAUAUGCACAGAUAAGUGAAAUCGGAAAAUGUGUUCCGUUGCAUAUAAAUUUGAACUGAUCAAAAGUGUCAAUUUUUAUUUUAAAUUGUAAAAUAGUUACUGAUUGAGUUCCGAAUUAUAUAAUAUACGUGGUUCGAAGCAUCAUUUCACUAUAUUAUAACUUCGUGUUCGUUCUGAUGUGCAGAACCUAUAAUUUUCAUGUACAUAUAGCAAAUUCAGUUCGUUUCGCUAUCAUUUCCAAAUUAUACUUAAAUGCAAUACAUCUUUAAAAGUAAUUGACAUUGAUGCCGGACAUUAUAGCUAAGGAUUUUAGAUUAAAUUAUUAGGAAAAAAGCAAACCUGUAUGACUAACGACAUAAAUGAAUUCUAUUAUUUGGAAUUGAUGAUGAGAUUGCACUGAAAAUAUCAUUAAAAAAUUAAUAGAAGUCAGAUGAAUUAAAUAGAAAAUUGAGUAAAAAAAGUAUUUAAAACCAAGAGAAAAAGUAAAAUUAAAAUGACAAAAAUGGUGAUUCUUGUAAAGACUGUUACAAUAAAAAAAAAUUUAAUGAAUAAAAUAUUUAUGAAGUGUAGACACGUAAUAAAUUGCAUUUGUAUGAAAUUAAAAGUAUUGUACUUCAUUGAGAGAUUUUAUUCAAAAUGUAAUCGAAAAUUUGUGAAAAUAUGAGAUGAAAAUUUGAAAAACAAAAAAAUUUAAUGAAAAUUUAAAUAAAAUAAUUAAGGUAACUGUGCCUUUUGCAUGAAAAAAAGAAUGAGUAUCUAAUUUAAGUAGACCAUCUCAUAUUAAUAGCAAAUGAAGAAAAAAAAAAUUUGAGUUUACUGAAGGCAAAAAUUAUUUUUAC